GAAUAAGAAAGAAACGUCGUCGUUGUGUAUUCCCGCUCCUAUCUCUGUGUUAGAAAAAAUGGCGAAACCCUAACACGCACUCCUCUGUCCUCCCACCCACCACUGUCGUCGUCGCCGUCGCCAUUGCGCACAUCAUUUAUCACUUUCUUCUUCUCUGAUUCAUGUUUCUUUCUCUGUCAGCAAUAAGAAAAAGGAUGGCAUGGCUCGUUUAUCGUUUUCUUUGGCAGAAAAUGAUGGGGUUUUCCAAGUUGGGGUAUGAAAUUAAGUUGUGAAACUUGAGAAAGAGUAGGCUGGGAUGCUUUUCGUUUGAGGUAAAAAGAGGGGAAUUUGUAGCUUUUGGAAGCUUGGUUUUCUCUGUGAGCUGAAGUUCUGCCAUUUUAGUGUUAUAGUUGAGCUGCGUAUUAUUGACCCUCCACAACUCCGUUGAACAUGUACGGCAGAAAAGCUUGCGAGCUUGUCAAAGAAUUUGCAAGCGUAGGUAAAGGCCAGCUCACACAGUACAAUAGUGACCUCUUUGAACAAGUAGUUGCAGAAUGCAGCCAGCAUCACCUUGAGCUUCAAUCUUUGAUAAGAAAAAUGCAGGAAGAAGGUUUGGAUGUCCAAACAGCUAGAAAUGCUGACCACUAUGGUGCCCUUAUCCACCAUCUCUCUUUAGUCCGCAAUAAGCGCUGUCUAAUGGCCUAUGUAAAUAACCGAGCUGAGAUUAUAAGAAGCUUGUUGUGGAAGAUUGGCAGUGUGCUUCCUAAAGAGAUUGAGGAGAAGCUUUCUCACACAGAGGAAGAGUAUUUCAACAAGUAUUCUGGAGAAUUGAAAAAAUACAUGUCAAAAAUGGAGUUAGACCUGACAGUGGAUAUGGUGCCGCCAAAAGAUCCUUACAUCAAAGUAAGGGUCCUUGAUGACAUUGGAGAUGGCAUUGUGCUUAGCGAUAAGACUGCCAAUUUUGCUCGUCAUUCGAUCCACUUUCUGAAGCGAACUGAUGCCGAACAAUUCAUUUCACGGGGUUUAAUGGAGGAGCUCACAGGUUGAUAGAUGAGAAAAUUGGUUUAAAGCCUUUUCAAAUGUUUAUCAAUAAUUUCACCAAUGUUGCUUGAAAAGCUGAUUAUUUUGAUGUUUGGCUUGUUUGUUCAAUGACUUCUAUUAUGUGCACAUAUAUAAUGUAACAUCAAUAUGCUAAUAUUCUAUUCCCUGUUUGGGUGGAUUACUUGCAUUUACAUUGGCCUUGUGUCAGAUUUUCAUUCA